CACCUCUAACACACGACCAACAUACUCCAAUAAACAUGAACGAUCAACCAAGAGGUGGCCGAGGGCGUGGUCGCGGCCGAGGGCGCGGGAACUGGAGUGUCUCAUUCACACCACAAAACCAUGACGACGAUCAGAUGAUGGUCGAUGGCGAGUCCUCACGUGGACGAGGUAGGGGACGAGGACGGGGACGAGGAUUCAGGGGAGGCCAAAACCACUUCCAGCACGACAAUCGCACAGACAAUCGCUCACGAGAGCCGGCGAUCGACAAAGAAACCCUUGAAAGACUCAAGUCAAAUCCGUCAUAUCCGCUCAUGGAAGGCUUCCUGGGACGACGUUACGACGCCUCUAAUAAACUAUUGAACCUUUCAACUAUCGCCGGCGACCAAGAGAUCCUCCAAUCAGGCAUGUUUGCCUCAGAAGGCGCCCAGAAGAAGUUUUUCCCAGCCCUUAUGAUCGUUUGCGACGCCAUUCUCGAAACGCAAGAAGCGAAAGAAGCAGCAAUCCACAGCGUCACACUUGCUGGUAACAACCUCCAAAACACACACGCCGUCUACCAACUCUGCAACCACUUCCGCCACAUCCAAAACCUGGAUCUAAGCAACAACGCCUUUGCGACGCUGGAAGCGCUAAAACCCUGGAAAGGCCGUUUCAGAAACGUCGAACACCUCAUCGUCGACCCGUUUCCCAACCCGAACUGGCAAGACGAAAUCGUCUCGUGGUUCCCCAAACUCAAAAUCCUAAAUGGCAAUCAAGUUCGUCCUGACGCGGCGGCAAACAACAACGCAGUAAACGCACAGCAAAUACCAGCUUCUACCACCCCAACACCCAUACCUGCAGUCGCCGACCCGGAGCAACAGAGGAAAGAAGAGAUGAUUCUCUACGUUCAGCGCGAAACCAAUCUUAAGCGCGACUACGCUAUUCAAUGUUUGGAGGCUGGACAGUGGAAUAUCGAGCAAGCUGGUGCUCUAUUCGCACAGAGUCGCGAGUCUCUGCCAGCUGAAGCGUACAACUAGACGUUGAUCGUUUGAGAGCUCACAGAGAUGAAAUUUCGCAGGUGAUGGGAGGAAAAAGACUUUGAUGUCAUUUGUACGACAUC